GAGAGAGAGGAAGGGCGGCUGAUCUCUCGCUCUAGCUGCAUCCCCUGCCAAGUUUCCUGCCCCAUCCACUGGGCUCCGUCGCUGAGCCUAAGACGGGGAGUGACCAUUCUGCUGUCAGGAGAGCUCCAGACACAGACGCUCCUUCAGAUCCUCAGAGCUGGCCAUGGCAAGCAGCAAGGACUCAGACAGCGAGCAGGUGGUACCAGAUGAAGAGGACAGGCCAGACGUGAAGGCAGUGCAGGCCAACUACCUCCGCAGCCCCUCUCCCAGCCAGUAUUCAGUGAUAUCAGACACAGAGACAGAAAGCAUCUUCAUGGAGCCUAUCCACCUGUCCUCUGCAGUAGCUGCUAAACAGAUAAUCAAUGAAGAGCUGAAGCCAAAGGAGGUUAAAGUGGAUUCAGUUUGUCCGGGGAUGUUGGAGUCUGCAGAGCAGCUGCUGGUGGAGGACCUGUACAACCGAGUUAAAGAUAAGAUUGAUGACACCAGCUUGUUCAACACACCGUGUGUGAUGGACUUGCAGAGGGCACUCAUGAAGGACAGGCUGGAGUCCCCCUGGGAUCCUGUGGAUGAAGUCUGGCCCAACGUCUUUAUAGCAGAAAAGAGUGUUGCAGUGAACAAAGGCCGUCUGAAGAGGCUUGGGAUCACUCAUAUCCUGAAUGCGGCUCACGGUACCGGCGUGUACACAGGGCCAGAUUUCUACAAUGGUUUGAAUAUCCAAUACUUGGGCAUUGAGGUGGAUGAUUUCCCAGAGAUGGACAUUUCCAAACACUUUCACCAGGCUGCGGAGUUCCUUGAUGAAGCACUGCUGACAUACAGAGGUAAAAUCCUGGUAAGCAGUGAAAUGGGAAUCAGUCGCUCGGCUGUGCUGGUGGCUGCUUACCUGAUGAUCUUCCACCACAUGACCAUCUUAGAGGCCCUAAUGACUAUAAGGAAGAAGCGUGCCAUUUACCCCAAUGAUGGGUUCCUGAAACAGCUCAGGGAGCUCAAUGAGAAGCUGCUGGAGGAACGAGAGCAGGAAGACGCUGGGGAUGAUGAUGACACAGCCAGCCAGAGUUCUGUCAUCAAAGCAGGGACCCAUUCCCUGCUGUCUGGAGUGGAGGUCUCUGGGAGUGUCAUGGGAGCCAAAGUGCACUCCAUCACGGUAGAGGAAGAGGAUACCACCAGCAUUCUGGGAAGUGUUAUGAGUUCUUCAUCCAUGGGAAAAGCUAGCUUGGUUUCCAAACAGCCCACUCUGAUCAGUGAGGAGGAGGAGGAACAGCUGUAUGAGGAAUGGAGGAAGAAGCAAGGCCUGCCAGCAAGAGAACCACCAAAUCAAGAUGUGGAAAGCACACCUCCAAAACUUCCAGAUCAGGGAGGAGAGGAAUGUGAGGAGAAUGUGGAACAGAUGAUUCAAGAGUGGCAGAGUCGAAAUGCAAAAUAUGAAAAGGAAGGUUAUUGGCUACCGAGGGAGGAGGAUGGAGUCCCCAACAUGGGAGGGAGGCCGUAUCCUUCAAGUGAACUGGGUGACACGGAGAGUGUGAGCAGCCUUGAUAUCCGAAUUCUGAAGCAACAACUGGAAGCCAGCAGCAUCAACAGGCUGAGGAGGGGCCGCACAGACUCUAUGUCUACGGAGAGCACCUGGGAUAUGUGGAACCAGAGGCUGCUGGAGAUUGAGAAGGAAGCUGCUCAGAGAUACCGUUCCAGGAAUAAAAGUGGUGAUGAUAGUCCAGAACCAGAGCCAGGAAGAAAGAGCAGAGAUGUGGAUGUGGAGAGUGUUGUCUCGGACACCAGCUCCUUUCAUAACUUCUGCAAAAAGAACCAAGACAAGCUGACCCCUCUUGAAAGGUGGAAGAUCAAGAGAAUCCAGUUUGGCUUUCACAAGAAGGAUUUAGAAUCCUCUGUGUCCCCCAAGACGGAUGAUGGCAGCCAGCCAGUUGAGGAGGCAGCAGAAGAAGAGAAGGAUCUAUCAGAUGUCAACCUGACAGCUUACCAGGCCUGGAAAAUAAAACACCAGAAGAGGGUGGGCAAUGAGAACAAGGAUGAUAUUGUGGAGCUUGCCAAGGGCGAAGAUUCUGCUUCAGCCAAAAGGAAUCAGAGGAGAAUGGAGCUACUUGAACAUUCAAAAAAGAUCCUGGAAGAAAGCCAGUCCCUGUGCAGCUGGGAGACAGAGAGCGCAAUGAGUGGGAGUAUCCCGCUGUCAUCUCUUUGGCCCUCAGCGCCUUCCAUAAGCGGUGCUGAGGAUUCAGCUUCUUCACUGAGCAUGCAGAGCAACCGUUCAUCUUUACCUCAGACUAGAAGCAGUGCUGGGGCUAUGCAGCCCCAAAUGCCAGCUACACCUCUACCCAACAUCCCAGUUGGCCCAGGUGAUGCGAUAUCCAUGGCCAGCAUUCAGAACUGGAUUGCCAGUGUGGUUAAUGAAACCAUUGCUCAGAAACAAAAUGAGAUAAUGAUGUUGUCCCACCCGCCCUCCACACUGGCCUUCAGCGUGAAGUCAGGUGACUUUGGCAGAUGCCUCGAUGCUGACAAGACCUCCCUUCUCAGUGCACAGAGUGGUUUGUCUGUAGCUAGCUCUCUGCUCCGCCAGAGGGACAUGAACGGUGCUGACACCCAGUCCAUUCUGUCUUCCAAUGCUUCAAUGAGAGUGAGGACAGGAGCGUCUAGCUCCAGCAUGAGGGUGACUCAAACAAGCAAGCCGCUGUACAGCCUCUUUGCAGAUGAUAUUGACCUCAAAAAACUCAGCCGGAAGGAGAAGGAGAUGCAAAUAGAGAUGAGAGAAAAAAUGUCAGAUUAUCAAAUCGAGAAGCUUGUCAGAGACAACAAGCGCAGCACUUUAUUUAAGAAGAAGAAGGCCCAGGGAGAAGAUGAAGAAGAGAAAGUCGAAGACAACACAGAGAACACAAUAGGUGGCAUUCGGUACCCCUUCCAAACAGAUCUUGACAGAACUGAUACAGCUUCUGCUUUCUCCGGUCAGUUUGCAAAUACUGGUGCCACAAAUUCAGAGGUGGAGACCAAUGUUAAUAAGUGGCUGAGUGGCCUGAAAGCAGAAGGAAAGACAUCAUAUCAUGACCAUGCUGAAAAGGCUAGAGAGAAAUACAAUAGAUCAUCCACUCUCAGAGAGGUGGACUCUGAAGCAUGCAAGUAUAGCUUCUCCAGAUCCCAAAGAGAAGAGGUGAACAGUUCUUCUUCCUAUCAGUGUAAAGGUGAUUCACUGAGAACCACAUCAAGAUUUUCCUCUACCUCUGCAAAAGAGGACAAGGAAAUGUACAAAUUCACACGAACAAAGGCCACAGAGACAAGUUCUAGGGAAGAAAGCCCAGAGUCAUCCUAUGAUUCUGAAUCCCCAGGACCAUCAACACAGAGUCGAGUCAGAUCCCGUCACUUGGAAAAAUCUGAAGAGGAGUCUAGUUCCAACAUGUCAGAAUUUGGAGCAAAGAGAAAGUUCAUUCAGAGUUUUUCAAAGUCUGAAGAGGACAGAGACAGAGAAGAGAAGGUGGAAGAAAGUGAAGAGAGGUUUGCAUCAAGGCAAUUCUCGCAGUACAGACGAAGUACCCACAAGGAAGAAGAAAUGGAUGAUGAUGCCAUUAUUGCUGCCUGGAGAAGCCGGCAAGAAGAAACUAAGGCAAAGCUCCGGCGAAGAAGAGAGGAAUGACCGAGGACAAGGUUGUUAAGGCACCAUCAGGACUGAAGUGGGGUCCCUGCCUCAGCAGGAGUCCCAGACACAGAUGUCUCACCUGAAUUACUCAUCAUUAUAUUUCAGAUCAUCCUCAUGAUUUCCAGGCCACUGCUGAUGUCCUGCAGAAGUUUUCUUCACCUUAAUCAACAGACUUGGAGGAAGAAGAUCAAUCAUUUGAAGUGUUUGUGGUUUGUCAAAAAGAAGAAGCUUGUGCUAAAUGAUUAGGGUAGGUGUGAAUAAAUCUUUAGGAGACACUUGUAUCCGGAGAAUAUUUUAGUAACAAUAGCAGGUAAAGCUAUUCUGCCCGCUGGGACAGCACCCACAAGUCAAGAGUUUGGUCAGAUCUUGUUUUGACUAUUUCACUUUUCGGAAGUUAUUAAAGAAUCACUCUAGCAUUAUUUCUAGCUUUGUUUUGAUUAUAAAUAAGGGAAUGGGGAACUAACAACCUUCUCUAGAUGCUUGACAGUGUGGUUUCAUCUCUUAUCAGCAUUGCCUUUUCCCAUAUGGAAAAUAUUGAGGGGUUUUUUUUAGUACAGUACUCCUUUUCUUAUUAAACAAAAGCCAAUUUGGCUUUUUUAUGUGUACUUCAUCAGUGUCAUGAAUAGCAACAUGAUUUUGGGGAAUACAGUACAUUUAAGGUUUGCUCCACUGAGUAGCUGCAGCAGAACAAAAUAUUCAUUAAAUGUAGCUAUUGUGGGAAUUUAUAUUUUAGGGUUUCUUAAUUUAUUUGCUGUCAAUUGGUUGAGACUACAGGGAGGAAAGUGACUUUGAAACUCAAGGAUAGUCCCAUACUGUAUAUAGCAUAAGGCCAAACUCUGAAAUUACUACUUGACAGUGUCUGACCCUUUUUCAAAUGAUUAUAUUUAGGGUGAUGGAUCUUGACAUGUAUAUAGUAGAGCUAACAUAACCUAUAUAGUAACAAGAAAAGAACUAGAUAAAUUCAUGGAGGAUAGGUCCAUCAGUGGCUAUUAGCCUGGAUGGACAGGGAUGGUGUCCCUAGCCUCUGUUUGCCAGAAGCUGGGAAUGGGCGACAGGGGAUGGAUCAUUUGGUGAUUACCUGUUCUGGUCAUUCCCUCUGGGGCACCUGGCAUUGGCCACUGUCAGAAGACAGGAUACUGGGCUAGAUGGACCUUUGGUCUGACCCAGUAUGGCCGUUCUUAUGUUCUAAGAAUGCACCCUCCUUGUUAGAAGUUUAAUACACUAAUGGAUCUGUCUGUGUAAUACCACUGCCCACAACUGGAUGGAAUUAGACCCAGUCCAAUAUGAUUAUGUCUCCUGCUAGUUGCUUGAGGUCUACAAGAGGAAAAAAUACUUAAUACUAGUAGUCUUAAUAAUGGAUAUUCUGAUCUCAUUCAAAAGGUAAAGCUCUAUUUUGGAGGACAGGUCCUGUGUUCAAUUUGAUUCAUGCAUGUAUGCAAUUCAGCUGGUGCCUGUCUGUUAUGUCUGUAGUCCGAUUGUGUCUUUUAUUAUUUUUCAGCAUUAUUGCCUUAAAUAAAAGGUGGUACUCAUACCAAUCUCUGGUAAUGAACAAAUGGGUGACUAAUACAUGCUGAAAUACAACAUGGAAAGACUACAGCCCAAAGAGAAAAUCUUGUUUCUGUUGAAUGAUAACUCUGUGGUAAUUUCACAUUUAUUUUCAAGAGAUGGCAGUUUUAAUUGGUCUCUGGGUUAAAGUCAGCAUGCUCUAUGUUCAUUUACUUCAGAGACCCUGGUUCUAAUCCCUGCCAUGGUGUGCUGAAUCCUAUGACGUUCCAUGUGACAAGACAACUCGUCUAGACACCACCGUAGGAGUUAUUUGUGCGGAUUGUACGUCAGUGUAAGUCUCUGACACAUGAAGACACUUACUAUUUGGCUGAAUAAUAUAAUACGUCACCAGCCAAAUUUUCCAUUUCUCCCUCAAAUCUUAUCUCAAAAUACCUUUAGGCAGCUUCCAUCACUGAUCUCCACUCUGAAAUUAUCUGCUCCCUCUCAUAUUUAGAUUAUAUUUUGAAACACCAGACACUUCCGCAACAGCAUUCCUAAAACUAAAUACAAGUAGAAACCCAGGUAGAAACCUGUCAUUGGUGUACUAAUCUUCCCAUAAAAAUAGUUUUCUCUUUC